AAUCCUCACACAUGUCCGCUCGUAUCCCCCAAACCAACCUCGGCGGGUCCGCUUCCUCCCUGCGCGUCGGCAAAGUCGGCCACGGCCUGAUGUUGAUGACGUGGAAACCAACGCCCGCACCCGAAGACCAAUGUUUUGCAGCGAUACGCACAAGCCUGGAACAUGGGGUUGGUAUGUUCAAUUCUGCGGAAUUUUAUGGCAUCAACCCGAGGGAGGCGAACCUCAACCUUAUACGGCAGUUCCUAGCCAACCACCCGGAGUACACUAACCAGAUGUUCCUCAGCGUCAAGUCCUCUUCCCGUUCCUCCGAGGAGCAGGUGGGGCAGAGCAUAGCCAACAUCUCCCAACAUCUGGGGGGGAAGAAGAUCGACUUGUUCCAAUUGGCGAGGGUGGAUAGGGCAGUGCCGGUGGAGGAGACGAUGCGAUUGUUGGAGAGGCUGAGGGAGGAGGGGUUAUUUGGUCAUAUUGGGCUGAGCGAGUGUGCUGCUGAGACGCUUAGGCGGGCAUGCAAGGUUGCGCCAGUCGCGGUGGUGGAGAUCGAAGUAUCGCCCUUUGCCUACGAGGACGAGACGAAAGCCGUGAUUGCUACCGCGCGCGAACUGGGAGUGACAGUCGCAGCUUACUCACCGCUAGGACAAGGGUUUCUCACGGGCUCCAUCAAUCGUUCUGACCUGGAGAGGGGCGACUUGAGGCGCGAAGGGCUGGACAAGUGGUCCGAGAAGAACUUCGAGAGCAAUAUGGGCCUGGCAGGAGCACUGAAGGAGAUCGCGCAGGAUAAGGGGGUGACACCGGCACAGCUAUGUAUCGUUUGGGUUUGCAGUCUGGGAGAACAUGUGAUCCCUAUUCCUGGAUCGUCGCACCCCGGCCGUUCGCUGGAGAACCUGAAUGCUGCGAAUAUAACUCUGAGCAAGGAAGAUAUCGAGGCGGUCGAACGUGCCAUGGAGGAAAAUCCUGUCCAGGGAGUGAGGUUCCAGAAGGGUUAUCCGGUAUGGGGAUGAACAAUAUAGCGAUAGAGAUACCACGGCAGACGUAUAAACAUGAUCCAGG